AAAAAAAGUCUUUGUCUAUGAAUAAAAGGCAAAUGAAAAAGGCAAGCGUUUUUGACAAAAAAUCUUACGUUUCUGACUACUUUGCUCAAUAAAAUUGUGCGAAAAUAAAGAAAAGAUAAUUAUCAGUGAUUAUUUAGUUAAGGUGAAGGUGUAAAAGUGUCGAUAUGGCGGUAAACGUGUACUCCACUAAUGUGACUUCGGACAAUUUGUCGCGGCAUGACAUGCUGGCGUGGGUGAACGACUGCUUGCAGUCUAAUUUCGCCAAAAUAGAGGAAUUAUGUACAGGAGCUGCAUACUGCCAGUUCAUGGAUAUGCUGUUCCCUGGCAGUGUUCCCAUGAAACGAAUCAAAUUCAAGACAAACUUAGAACAUGAGUACAUACAGAACUUCAAAAUAUUACAAGCAGCAUUCAAAAAAAUGGGAGUUGACAAAAUAGUUCCCAUUGACAAACUGGUGAAGGGUCGUUUCCAAGAUAACUUUGAGUUUUUGCAAUGGUUCAAGAAAUUCUUUGAUGCCAACUAUGGAGGCACGGAAUAUGACGCGGUGGCGCAGCGCGAGGGGCUGCCCAUGGGCCACGGCGGCGCGGCGGCGCCCCGCUCGGCCGCCGGCGCGGUCAAGAAGCCCGCCGCGCCCGUCGCCAAAGUCGCGGCCAGACCCCAAACCAUUGGAAAAGCUAACAGCACAGUGAGGUCUCCUCCAGUGAACUUGUCACGAUUAAAUCAAAGUGCGAAAGGAGAUUCUAAAGUUCUUGAUGAACUUAACCAUCAGGUAAACGAACUCAAAGCGACAGUUGACGGCCUAGAGAAGGAACGGGACUUCUAUUUUGGCAAACUCCGGGAUAUAGAAGUGAUCUGUCAAGAGAUGGAGGAACAGCAAAACGCUCCAAUUGUUCAGAAGAUUUUGGACAUUUUAUAUGCAACUGAGGACGGAUUCGCGCCUCCGGAGGAGAUAGACGGCGACAACCCACACCCGCCGGAGGAAGACGAAUAUUGAAAUAAACGUAACAUCGACGCGUAUCAUAGUGCUCUUUGUAUAUUAUCAACUCGAAAUUAUCUCGCUUAACAAUCAUCAACAAUAUCGAGUGCUUAGUAUUUCACAGCCAAUGAGUCGUCAUUUAAUAUUAUGAUAGUUUAUAAUCACUUGGAACAGUGGCCCCAAAAUGGCUCGAGCUUACGUGAAUUUGUUACGAAUCUUGUACAUACAGACGCAAUGUAAAUGUGACAUCACAACACCUGUAUAAUCUAAACAAAUAAAAUCUUUAUACGAGUGGCUGUGUUAUAUCUAAGUACAUUCCAUAAUUUGGGGGCGUGAUUUCUUGACUGAAUUUACUUCUAAUUCUGAAUGUUAUAUCUGUGGAAUAAUCCGUUUCUUAUAUGAUAUUGUGUUGAAAUAUAUUGGGAGGUUGGUCGUAUUGUGCAAUGUGGUGCAAAAAGAGUGCUUCUAUGUAUUUGUCUUGAUCACACCGUGUAUAUUAUCAUUUUCGGGCCACUGCCGCCCGGGCAUGCAUUUAAUAGGUUGUUACAUUGUUGGAGAGGUUUACUGUUACUUGUUUAAUUCUGUUAAUAGUAUUGCAUUUGGCUAAAAUUAUAUUAAUACUAAAUUAGCAGUCUCGAGUGAAGCAAGAUCUGAAAGUAUUUGGACAAUACGCUUUGUAUUAAAAUUAUGUAUUUACGUAACUUUCACUGAUAUUGUUGAACCUGACAGUCGGUAAACGGUUCCAUGUAGUUGUGAUAUUUACAUGACCACAAUUUUAGGUUAAUCAUUACAAGACUUGACAAUGUUUGCACUAAUAACUAACUAUAGGAGUAUACUAAUUCAGAAUAAUUUUAAAUGUAUUUAGAGCAGGGCAGUUCCUCGCGGGACAACUAACGACUUGUUGGCCGGAAGAUGUUAUUCGCUG